CCGUACACGUGUCCCAUCCUUCAUUGCUGACGUCAUCCAUCUCCUUCACUGUCCCUUCUACUUCUUCGCCAUUAACGAGCUCAAGCAUUCCAUCGAGCACCUCUUGCCUUGCCUCCAUGGGAUUCCCUCGCCCUCUCUCCAGGAUCCCCGACGACGAUCCCGACCACCAGGUCCGCCCCAUCGCCACCUCCUCCGCCCGUAAAAAGGCUGGCUUCGCUGUCCGGACAUGGAUGGCCGUCGACUCCUCCGGCCAAGCUCAACUCCUCGAGGCUGGAAAACACGCCAUCAUGAACCGCACUGGUUUGCCUCCUCGAGACCUCCGCAUCCUUGACCCUUUGCUCUCCUACCCCUCCACCAUUCUCGGCCGGGACCAUGCUAUUGUCAUCAAUCUUGAGCAUAUUAAGGCCAUUAUCACUGCUAAUGAGGUCCUUCUUCUCAAUGCCAAAGAUCCCGCUGUGGAACCCUUCGUUAAUGAGCUCCAGCGCCGGCUUCUUCUCCACCAUCACCGCAACCUUAAUCAGGAUGAUGGAAAUGAUGGUAAUGCGGAUUGGACUGAGGGAUAUGAUAAGGAGGAACCAGAGUCAAAAAUGAAGAGUUCACCUCAUGAUUUUGGAGAGGAUCAAGAUGUUGAUGAGAAGGUAGAAGGUGGGGAGAAAUCUGGCUUGGUUAGCUCAAAUGGGCCUAAGGUUCUUCCUUUCGAAUUUAUCGCAUUGGAAUCAUGUCUAGAGGCUGCAUGCAGUUGCUUAGAGAAUGAGGCUACAACUUUGGAGAAGGAAGCACAUCCAGCCUUGGAUAAGUUGACUACAAAGAUUAGCACUCUCAAUUUGGAACGAGUUCGUCAAAUCAAAAGCCGGUUGGUUGCCAUCACUGGACGUGUUCAAAAGGUCAGAGAUGAACUCGAACACCUGCUGGAUGAUGACGAUGAUAUGGCUGAAAUGUAUCUAACCGAUAAGUUGAUGCAGCAAAACCUUACUGAUGAAUCACCCAACUCUUCUCCAAAUGAACAACUGGAUGGCCUGGAUGGUGAAAGGUACCUUACCUGUUUAAGUAUUGUGGCCGGACAAUUUAUGUUUUCAUUUUCUUCAUAUGUUAAUAAUUUCAAUAACAACGGCCACCUACCGUCUGGGUUCAGUAUGAUCAAUGAAGAUGGCCAUUUAGUGCACACUUGCAGCACAAGAAGCGGCAGCAAACAUCUAGAUGUACAAGAUCUUGAAAUGCUAUUGGAAGCUUACUUUGUGCAAGUUGACAGUACGCUAAACAAGCUAUCGACGUUAAGGGAGUAUGUCGACGACACAGAGGAUUAUAUUAAUAUUAUGCUCGACGACAAGCAAAACCACCUUCUUCAAAUGGGUGUCAUGUUAACAACAGCAACACUCAUAGUGAGUGCUUAUGUAGUUUUAGCUGGAAUUUUCGGCAUGAACAUCCAGAAUAAACUGUUCGACGAGAAGAAAUCCGGUACACCAGAGUUCUUAUGGACUGUCGGUGGUGGAGCUGCGGGGAGUUUGCUUCUGUAUGUCGUCGCCGUUGCAUGGUGUAAGCACAGACGCUUGCUUGAAUAAAAACUCUAUUUUGUAUCAUAAAUGAAUGAUUUAAGAUCUUGUGUUUGUGUUGCAUUGUAUUGUAUUUGUAUCUCUGUUUAUUGUUUAUGUUUGUAAGUUUUUUUUAUCAGAGUGUAAAUUUGCAGCAUAAGAUCAACAAUUUGUAAUUGGAUUUCUUUGAUUAUAAUUUCAAAGUUUGUGAAGUAAUUUUAUCA